CUCAGCCGGGCAGCGCUCGGCAGUGGGCACCCUCCUCGCCCUGGCGUCUGCCCGGAGCCACCCGCGCCGCCGGAUCACAGAACAAGAACAGAGAUAAAACAAAAAUGAACACUCAAGAGGUGCAGGUAAAUCAGUGUGACUUGAAAACAGAUCUAAACUUACUACUUGAAUGCCUUAAAUAUCAGAUGGACUGCCCUCUGUCUCAGAAGGAGGCUUUGAUCACUAUCUAUUCCAUUUGCCAACAAAACAGUGAAGCGAGCGAAUACUUUCGAGAAAUUGGUGGUUUGAUGUUUAUAAAUGACCUUGCCAAGUCGAGUGCUCAUGGCAUCGUGAAGGAAGCAGCUUUAUUUACAUUGGGGAUUAUUAUAGAGAGUAAUGUGUAUUGUCAGCAGACUUUGUGUACUUCUGCAUUGUUUGAAGACCUCAUUUUAUUUUUAAUUAAAAAGGAUUCUGGUGUGAACUUGAAAAGAAUGUCUGUUUAUGUCAUCUUAGUACUGGUUUCAAAUAAUAAAAACGGGCAAACCUGUGUCAGAGAUACAGGCUGCAUCAGCCUGCUGCUGCAGUUAUUCAGAACAACUCUCUCCACCUCUGAGAAGAACGUGUCAGAUGAAAACACUGAUCCCUGCUAUCAGCUCUGGUCCUCAGUGUGCAGCACUCUCUGUGCCUGUGUCAACAACCCCCAGAAUGAAGAUAAUCAAAACAUUUGCUGUUCGGUUUUUCCCUAUGCCAAGGAGUGGCUCGAGAGUUGCACAGAGCCUGAGAUAGUUCGUCCCAUUUGCUCAUUUCUUGGUCUCACAGUUGCAAAUAACUCAUAUGUGCAGAAAUAUUUUGCUUCUAUCGGAGGCUUGGAUACAUUAGCCAAGGUUCUCCUUGAGCUUAUGCAUGAUUCCUGUUUGAGUCACUCCAGCGUGAAACUUGCAGUGGUAGUAACAAAGACUCUGGAUGCCUGCAUUGCUAAUAACUCUGCCAUGGGUGUUGUCUUGGCAAAGUAUCACACUGUGUCAGAGCUGCUGAAGCUGCUGUCCAACGAGACACUGAGCACAGGAGAAAAAGUCAGUAUUAUUCUAACAAUUGGACACUGUACUGAAGUUUGUGAAGAAAACCAGUGUGAGCUGCUUCAGAACAAUGGUCUGCCACUUAUGAUUCAGGUAUUGACAGAAUCUCAGGACGAGGAACUCAUCAAAGCUGCUACUUUUGUGCUGCAGAACUGCAAACAAAUGACUGAACAGUUGUCUCUGAAAUUAUAUGAUAACUCAUUAAAUGUGAAGAAUGCAGAAGAAUUGGACGUACAAGUGAGAAAAAGAUGUCUGCAAGACUACUGGAAGAAAGCAAAAGAAAUUUUACACAGAAUAAACUCAAUUGAAAAACAGCAAGAUGAGGACAUUAUUGAGACUGGUAGAACAAUGAAAGCUCUGCUUUCAAAAAUGAAAGACAAGAAACCAAGGAUGGUAAAAGUCGUAAGCCUGCUCGUUAAAAGGACACAUCAGAGUCCAAGUUACAGACCAGACUGGAAGUAUCAUGUUUUUCUUGUAUUUUUUUUCUGUAUUUUCCAAAACACAGUCCUGCAAUUUCACUUCAGGCAGCACAUCUGACAGCUGGCAC